AUGACCAGCAGAGGGACAUCGGUAAGAGAUGAUCUCGAGACAAUUCUGAAAGCAUCGCGACCUAGAACUCGUCUGCAGUCCGGAACUAUACAGCGUGCAACGUAUGGUAGGUUUCGGACAAGACUUCCUUCAGAAGAUGAAGAAUCAGAUGCAGGCUCUGCAGUGGCGUCGGACAACACUGUAUCCAGUGAAGGACAACCUCGCGAGGCACUUAUGAUAAGUGCGGAGCAAAUAGCAAAGGUGAUUGAAGACGCCUUAACUAAACAGCAGGAAACCUUCAGUUGGCAAACCUCAGCAACAGCAGCAGCAACGGGCACCGCAACAGCACACACAGCAGGCAACGAGCGCCACAAGCAAUCCCCAACUCAUUGGCACAGCGGUCCCAGAAGCAAAAGUCUUUGGAGGGCAAGGUUUCCAAAGACCAUACUCCUUCAAGACGAAGAGGUGCCGGCAUUUUUAAAUAUUUGUAUGAAACAACAAAUCCAGGCUGCCAGCAAUCGUGGAUCAGGAGGAGAAACAGUCUGGCCAUCGUCUCAGUAUACUUCUGUUAAGCCCUUGGGUGAUAGGGUGCUGGUAAAGAUCAAGUCUUCUGAGGAGAAAACAACUGGAGGCAUAUUGCUGCCAACAACUGCUCAGACAAAGCCACAGAGUGGUGAAGUUGUUGAAAUUGGUGAUGGUAGAACUGUCGGCAAGAACAAAGUAGAUAUCAGUAUUCAGGCUGGUGCGCAGAUUGUAUACUCCAAGUAUGCAGGAACAGAGUUGGAAUUCAAUGGUACAAACCAUCUCUUGUUGAAGGAGGAUGACAUUGUGGGUAUUCUUGAUACUGAUGAUUUCAAGGACCUCAAGCCUCUUAAUGAUCGAGUUCUAAUCAAGGUUGCACAAGCUGAGGAGAAAACUGCAGGGGGCUUGCUACUUACUGAUGCGGCCAAAGAAAAGCCUUCUAUCGGAACGGUAGUCGCAGUUGGGCCUGGCCCAUUGGAUGAGGAGGGCAACAGGAAACCGUUGAGUCUGACCCCAGGAAGCACAGUGCUGUAUUCCAAGUAUGCUGGAAGUGAAUUCAAGAGUGGAGAUGGUUCUGAGUACAUUGCUUUGAGAGCCUCAGAUGUCAUUGCUGUUCUUUCGUCUUAGUUAAUUGGAUGUUUAAAGAUUUUGGGUAGUUGACUUGUUGUUUUGAUGGGUGGUUGCUCACUCCGCCAUUUUAGUAGACUUGGCACUGUGGUUUUACUUUGGCUGGUUAGUUUCAGUGGUUGCCCUUUGUUGCUUUAAAAUUUCAUGUAUGAAGCUUUAGUUUGCAGUUAUCGUUUAAUGGUGGCGUCUCCAGGUUUGAUGCAA